AAUAACCAGUUCCAAUAUUAGGGUUCUACAAUGUCCUGAGUCCGCUGCACUUCCAGAUAUUCAUCAUAAAGAGACAGCCUCUAGGAUCUGCUCUAUGUCCAAACUACUCUGUCUUCCAGAGGUGAAGCACUAUCGUGGAAAUAUAAAUCUCGAGGAUUUCUGUGCCCGGGACAAGGACGGAUGGAAAGCUCUGGAACUCCUCACUACAGCAGAACUAGGAAUAUCCAGACUUCUCUCUCUCCGGAGAAAAUUCCAGUACGAUCUGACCGUGGCGGAGGGGGCGGAAAAGCAGGACGCUAUGGAGGAGAUGGAGAGGUUUAUCCAGAGUUUAUGUAGAUGUGGAGAGGUAAGGGUACCCGGAGCAGCUAGAGGUCCGGCAGGACGGUUAAUUCAAGCUCUUUUCCGGGAGAGUAAUCAGAUAAAUCAUCCUCGACCUUCAGGUCUUCCUCCUCCCGUCGUUAAACAGUUUACUCUCAGAUGUGUAUCUGGGAGACCUCUUCCCUCCUCCCGUCCUACUCCGCAGCGUCUUUAUGCAAGGUUCAGCUCCGGAGAGUUUAGACUCACUGGAGCUUACACUCUGGAUAGACAAUAUUUAUAAUCAAUUCUAACCAUCUUAAUCCAAGUUUCAUUCAGAAUGCUUAAAAGACUGGUCGCAAAAAAGGUAUGGGAUAAAUCCUGAUAAAAAUAAGUUUUUAUUUAUAUCCAUUUUUUGUCAAGAGAAAUUUAAAUAAUCUUUCUUAUCUUUACGGACACCUAACCAACAUCUCUCAUAAGAGAGAACUUGAUUUGUCCCUCUGCGAGUCUGCAUAGACAUCAGGUUGAACUGAAAAAGAAUCCAUUAAAUUAUGUUUUAGCCAAAUUUUUGCGAUCAAUAUAUUUUA